UAGCCUAAGUUCUUAAAGAUGGCGGCGGAGCGGAGUCGCUCCCCGGUGGAGUCGCCGGUGCCGGCCUCGAUGUUCGCCCCCGAGCCCAGCUCUCCGGGAGCGGCCCGGGCCGCGGCGGCUGCGGCACGACUCCACGGCGGCUUCGACUCGGACUGCAGCGAGGACGGCGAGGCGCUCAACGGCGAGCCGGAGCUGGACCUCACCAGCAAGCUGGUUCUAGUGAGCCCUACAUCAGAGCAGUAUGACAGCCUACUUCGGCAGAUGUGGGAGAGGAUGGACGAGGGAUGCGGAGAGACCAUAUAUGUCAUUGGGCAGGGAUCAGAUGGGACUGAGUACGGGCUGAGUGAAGCUGACAUGGAGGCCUCCUACGCCACAGUGAAGAGCAUGGCAGAACAGAUAGAGGCUGAUGUCAUCCUGUUGCGUGAGCGUCAAGAAGCUGGUGGCCGUGUGCGUGAUUACUUAGUCAGGAAACGAGUUGGAGACAAUGACUUCCUGGAGGUCAGGGUGGCAGUGGUAGGCAACGUGGAUGCUGGCAAAAGCACACUCCUAGGAGUCCUAACACAUGGGGAACUGGACAAUGGUCGUGGCUUUGCCCGCCAAAAACUAUUCCGCCACAAACAUGAGAUUGAAUCUGGUCGAACCAGCAGCGUGGGCAAUGACAUUCUGGGCUUUGACAGUGAAGGCAAUGUAGUGAACAAGCCCGACAGCCAUGGUGGCAGCCUCGAAUGGACAAAGAUCUGUGAGAAGUCCACUAAGGUGAUUACUUUCAUCGACCUGGCUGGCCACGAGAAGUACCUGAAGACCACUGUUUUUGGCAUGACUGGCCAUUUGCCUGACUUCUGCAUGCUCAUGGUGGGCAGUAAUGCUGGCAUCGUGGGGAUGACCAAGGAGCACUUGGGCUUGGCAUUGGCACUCAAUGUACCUGUCUUUGUGGUUGUCACCAAGAUUGACAUGUGUCCUGCCAAUAUCCUUCAAGAAACCCUGAAGCUGCUACAGCGCCUGCUGAAGUCACCAGGCUGCCGGAAGAUCCCUGUCUUGGUGCAGAGCAAAGAUGAUGUGAUUGUCACAGCCUCCAACUUCAGCUCUGAGAGGAUGUGCCCGAUAUUCCAGAUCUCCAAUGUCACAGGGGAGAACCUCGACCUGCUCAAGAUGUUCCUCAAUCUCCUGUCCCCCCGCACCAGCUACAGGGAGGAAGAACCUGCUGAGUUCCAAAUAGAUGACACCUACUCUGUUCCCGGUGUGGGGACAGUGGUGUCCGGGACCACGCUGAGGGGCCUGAUCAAGCUGAAUGACACCCUGCUACUGGGCCCAGACCCCUUGGGUAACUUCCUGUCUAUUGCUGUCAAGUCAAUCCAUCGCAAGCGCAUGCCUGUCAAGGAGGUGCGGGGAGGCCAGACAGCCUCCUUUGCACUAAAGAAGAUAAAGCGCUCAUCCAUCCGGAAAGGCAUGGUGAUGGUUUCUCCACGCCUGAAUCCCCAAGCUUCCUGGGAAUUUGAGGCUGAGAUUCUCGUCCUCCACCAUCCCACCACAAUUAGUCCACGCUACCAAGCCAUGGUACACUGUGGGAGCAUCCGGCAGACAGCUACCAUCUUGAGUAUGGAUAAAGAUUGUCUACGCACAGGAGACAAGGCUACUGUUCACUUCCGCUUCAUCAAGACCCCUGAGUACCUGCACAUAGACCAGCGGUUGGUGUUUCGGGAAGGUCGUACCAAGGCUGUUGGCACUAUCACCAAGCUCCUCCAGACGACCAAUAACUCCCCCAUGAACUCCAAGCCCCAGCAGAUUAAAAUGCAGUCCACAAAAAAGGGUCCCCUGAGCAAAAGAGAAGAAGGAGGUCCAUCUGGCAUGCCAGCAGCAGGGGGCCCCUCAGCUGGAGAGGAAGCUUCCUCUCUAGGAACUACACAGGCUGCUACAUCCAGUGGUCUCCAGCCACAGCCCAAGCCCAGCAGUGGGGGCCGGCGACGAGGGGGCCAGCGCCACAAGGUGAAGUCCCAGGGGGCCUGCGUGACUCCUGCCAGCGGCUGCUGAAUAUUCCCCUGGUGCACUUGACCACCCAUGGGAUCCUUACUCUGGCUACUGCUCACCAGCUGGGCAGAGCAUCUUUGACCGCCACCCGCCCACUCCAGCCCACAGCCAGAGCAUCCUUGUUGCCACAACCCCCAUUUUCCAGGGGGGGCAUUGUAAUUUAUAAGAUGAGGAUGGACUAGAUGUCCAAGGACUGACCAUCUCCCACUGCCUCCUCCCUUACACAUCUUUUGUACAUCUGGGCCCUUAUUUCUAUUCUUUUUAUUAUAUAUCUGUCGUGUGUGUGUGUGUGUGUGUGUGUGUGUAGGGGGUGUGUGCAGGAAUGCAGCUGACCCUGUCAGUCUCUGUUUCAGUCCUGGCUGGCCACUCACUUUUGAGAGCUGCCACCUGUCCUUCCAUCUGUAUCUGUCUCAAUGAGAUCCUCAGAUCCUUUAGGGAACCUCAGGAGCCCAAGGCACCUGUCUUCCCAGGCCAAUUGCCCCUCUUAGCUGGAAGCUCCUCUUUAGUUUAGUAGCUUCUGCCAGAGCAGGGAUCCCCCAAUCUAAGAUUUGGGGAGUUUAAUGGAAAAUGGUGGCUUCCCCUGUCUCUCCUUUUCCCUCCUAAGCUUCCAGACAGGUAAGGUCAAAGCUCUCCAGUGGCACCUGUGAUGUGCGAGAGCAUGGUGACUGCAUUACAGGACUGCCCACCCUGACUUGUUUUCUGAGACAGGGUUUCUCUGUGUAGCUCUGGCUGUCCUGGAACUCAGAGAUCCGCCUGCCUCUGCCUCCCAAGUGCUGGGAUUAAAAGCGUGCACCCCCACCACCUGGCUGCCCACCCCGACUCUUGACCCUUGCCAUGGAUCCAAAGAACUGAGUGGGCUUACCCUUGGAGACAAUCCUGGGCUUGCCUGGCUGGCCCUGGCUGCUCUGACUUCUGUACCCACUGGAGGCUUUUCCUGUUCCUCUGACUGAGCCUCAGAGCACAGGGUACUAGACUGAGUCCGGGCCUUCCUGGAAUUGUUUUAUAGCCUCUCCUUUGGUGGGGGAGGGUAGGUACUCCUCUGAGUUGAGCCAGGACUAGAAACCCUCCUUCCCCACAUCAGCCCAGCAUAGCUGCUACAGCAGUGGCAUCACAGUGGUGAGAAGCCUGAGCUCAGAUGCCCUGACUGGGGUGUGUAAGGGCAGGUGGCAGUGGAGAUUCUUCUAGGCCAUCUAAAGCACUUCUGCUGGGGUAGAGUGGGCAAGCCCUGCACCCUGGCCUCAGGCUGGGGUGCUCCUUCUCAGCCAGGACACACCCAGCUGGCUGGGUCCCUCUUCAGCCCCACCUCCCCUCCCAAACUCUCUUUUUUUCGAUUGGUCCUGACUGCUCUUUCCUCCCUGCCCUUCCUCCCAACUGUUUCUAGUUACCACUGCCCCAUGGCCAUGGACUGACCAAACCAGCAUUCACAAUAAAAGUUUGUUUUAAGUUGA